AUGAAGUUGCUUAAAUUUCAUCUUAGAUAUUAUCCCCCGGGAAUAAUUCUGGAGUACUUGCAAAAGGGGAUUGUUAAAAACAAAGAUAUUGACCUCUUAGAUCUAAACUCCAAUUCUGAUACAAAAGAAAUAGCGCAAAAACUUUACCAGCGUGAGCUGCUAAUCACGGAAGAUGUUCGUGAGCAGCUGGAACAGUGUCUAGACACGCUGAAGAAGAGGAUAGAACACGAGGGACCGACGGGGAAACGUUUCUACAUCUACAAAACCCUGCAGACGCAUGUGCUGCCGUUGACAAAUGUUUGCUUCGACAAAAAUGGCACCAGAUGUAUCUCGGGCAGUUACGACAGAACUUGCAAGGUGUGGGACGUGGAGUCGGGCAAGGAGCUGAAAUCUCUGACGGGCCACCAGAAUGUAGUGUACUCGGUUGGCUUUAAUUUUCCAGCUUGUGAUCGUGUAAUAACGGGUUCGUUCGACAAGACGGCGAAGGUAUGGGAGCCGGGGACAGGGGAGUGUCUCGCGACCCUGUGGGGGCACGGUGGAGAGGUGGUCGCGGCUCAGUUCAGUCCUAAGGGCGAGCAUGUGGCCACCGGCUCCAUGGACCACCUUGCUAAGCUGUAUGAUUCCGCAACUGGUACUGAGAUCAAGACAUAUUCCGGUCAUACAGCAGAGGUCAUAGCGCUACAGUUUGAUCCCAACGAAGGCCACAGACUCAUAACUGGAUCGUUCGAUGGAACGAUAUCGCUCUGGGAUACGAGAGUUCAGGAACGUGUGUCGGUGCUGCGAGGGCACGAAGGCGAGAUCUCGAACGUUCAGUUCAACUGGGACAGCUCGCUGGUGGGCUCCGCGUCGCUGGACGGCAGCGCGCGCCUGUGGGACGCGAGGAGCAGCGCCUGCCUCGCCACUGUGGCGUCGCAUACUGACGAGGUAUUGGACAUAUGCUUCGACUGGGCGGGUCAGCGCAUGGCGACAUCCUCGAGUGAUUGUUCCGCGCGAGUGUACGACGUGCGAUCAGAUUUCAAGGAGCUGGCCGUCAUGAAGGGUCACAGGGAAGAAGUGUCUAAGGUGUGCUUCAGUCCAGCGGGAGGUUGUCUGCUGACCGCCUCCGCUGAUCGAAGUGCCAGGGUCUGGAACACAACGACUGGAAACUGUGUUCAGGUUUUGUCUGGACAUCAAGGUGAGAUAUUCUCUUGCGCGUACUCGUACGCUGGAGAUGCCAUCAUCACCGCCUCCAAGGACAAUACCUGCAGGAUCUGGAGAUGACUU